UAAGGACUGGAAACUGGAUCAUAGAUGUCGAUGUUGAGAAGAUGGAUGGAGAUUUAAUCUUGGGUGUUGGAUUUGAGAAAGUAGGGACUGUUGUGGGGGUUAAUGGUAAUUUUAGAGUUGUCUUUUAGUAUUUUGUUAAUGUCAGGCUGCUGAUGUAAAAGUCUUAUGUUUUGGACCAUUUUUACUUUCUCAAUAUCAUUUCAUUAACCGGCAAGCUUUUAUUGUUUAGUCAUGUUGAGUCCAGCUAAGGAGAGUUAGGCAAGGCCUUUUUUUUGUCCGGUUUAGAUUUGUCUUUUAGUGUUUUGUUCAUGGUAGGAUGCUGAUGUAAAGGUCUUAUGUUUUCAACCACUUUUAUUAGCUCUAUGUCAUUUCCUAUUGUACUUUGAGCUCUACCUCAUUUUUUAAUAAAUGAGAUUCGUUUCCUUUAAAAAAAAAGUAUGGUCUUGUAGUUGUAUUAGUAUGUAUUGAGUAAAGAGGUGAUGGAGGACACAUGUCUUUUUUUGGAAGUAUUGGUUUUCUUGGAAAGAUGUGGUUAAGAUUCAUGCAGAUUUUUAGGGUGUUGUUGGCCCAAGCUGAGGCUGAUGAACAUGAACUAUGAUGGACAAGGUCUUGGUCCUUUACCAUCUACUUCUUAGGACAGAGGAAGAACGCUCAGAUAUGGUGGACUACUAAAACCGCAAGAUUUGAAUGUUAUACUGCGGCAUUUUGGGAUGUUAAAUAGGUGGAAGGAUCUAUCUCAGCUGUUUGAGUGGAUGCAGGAGACUGGAAAGACCAAUAUUUCUUCUUACAGCAGUUACAUAAAGUUCAUGGGGAGAGGUCUCAAUCCUUUGAAGGCACUAGAAGUAUACAAUAAUAUUCAAGAAGUAUCAAUAAAGAAUAGUAUUUUUAUUUGUAAUUCUAUCCUCAAUUGUCUGGUGAGAAAUGGCAAGUUUGAUACCAGUGUUAAGCUGUUUCAUCAAAUGAAGAAUGAUGGUUUAUGUCCAGAUACAGUUACAUAUAGCACGAUGCUUACCGGUUGCAUCAGGGUUAAACAUGGUUAUGCUAAAGCAAUGGAGCUUCUUAAGGAGCUGCAAGACAAUGGACUAUGCAUGGAUUGUGUAUUGUAUGGGACAUUGAUAGCUAUUUGUGCUUCACAUAAUAGAUUGGAAGAUGCAGAGAGCUUCUUCAACCAGAUGAGAGCUGAAGGUCAUUCACCAAAUAUGUUCCAUUAUGGCUCUCUACUCAAUGCUUAUUCAAUCAAUGGAGAUUAUAAAAAGGCUGAUGAGCUGAUUGAGGAUAUGAAAUUGACCGGGUUAGUACCAAAUAAGGUGAUUUUAACGACGUUGCUGAAGGUUUAUGUUAGGGGAGGUUUGUUUGAGAAAUCGAGGAAAUUAUUAUCAGAAUUGGAAUCCCUUGGCUAUGGUGAAAAUGAGAUGCCAUAUUGUUUGCUGAUGGAUGGCCUUGCCAAGGCAGGUUCUGUUAGAGAAGCAAAGGCAGUUUUUGAUGAAAUGAAAGCAAAAAACGUUAGAUCUGAUGGGUAUGCUCACAGCAUCAUGAUAUCAGCUUUUUGCCGAAGUGGGCUUCUAGAAGAGGCAAAGUUGUUGGCUAAAGAUUUUGAAGCCACAUAUGACAGAUAUGACAUUGUAAUAUUGAAUACAAUGCUCUGUGCCUACUGCAGAGCAGGGGAAAUGGAGAGUGUAAUGCAAAUGCUUAGGAAAAUGGAUGACUUAGCAAUCAGUCCAGAUUAUACUACCUUCCAUAUCUUAAUCAAAUAUUUCUUUAAGGAGAAACUAUAUCUACUUUGUUAUAGGACAUUGGAGGACAUGCAUCGUAAAGGCCAUCAACCAGAGGAGGAGCUUUGUUCAUCUUUAAUAUCAUCUCUUGGGAACAUACGGGCUUAUUCGGAAGCAUUUUCCGUUUACAAUAUAUUGAAAUAUAGUAAAAGAACAAUGUGCAAGGCACUCCAUGAGAAGAUUUUGCACAUUCUAAUUGCAGGUCGACUUCUCAAAGAUGCUUACGUCAUUGUCAAGGACAAUGAAGGGCUAAUUUCUAAACCUGCUAUAAGGAAGUUUGCUUUUGGAUUUAUGAAGUUUGGUAAUGUCAACUUGAUAAAUGACGUAAUGAAGGCAAUCCAUGGUUCUGGAUACAAGAUUGAUCAGGAUUUGUUUAUGAUUGCUACAUCACGCUACAUUGAGCUACCUGAAAAGAAGGAUUUAUUUAUUCAAUUGCUACAUUGGAUGCCUGGUCAGGGUUAUGUUGUUGACUCAUCAACAAGAAACCUUAUCUUAAAGAAUGCACAUUUAUUUGGUCGCCAGCUUAUUGCAGAGAUCCUAUCAAAGCAUAGUCUAUUGUCAAAAUCCACAAAAUCUCGUGAGAACACCUUUCGUUUAAAAUAAUAUGAUACAAUUGUAUUGAUAAGUAAAUAAGGACUAAUGGAGAGGGCAGGAGUCUGAAACCAAUUUUAAGAGAUAAUAGGUGUUCUCCAAUGGGUGCAGAUCCCAUUUGACAUUAUUGGGUUGAAUAAUGUGGAGAUCAAAGAUAGUGUUCUUUGUUAGCAUGACUGAUCAACCCUUUCAUUAGUUCUAAUAUAUGUAGUGUAUUUAUUAUGAUAAUGGAGACUAGAGUUUUUUUUUUUAAUAGAAAUUGAUUCUUUGGUGAAAGGUUGAGAGGUAAGGAUCUCAUUUGCACCCUCAGUAAAUACUCCAAAUAAUGAAGCCAAUGGAAAGAUGUUAAUCCCAGGAGAAGGAUCUGACCGAACAACACACUAUGCAGAAGCAGUAUUGUGUGUUUACAUGGAAAAAGAAUAUGUUAAUCUGAAACGAACAAGAUUGCGGUCUUAUUGGGCUUGUUAUAUGUAUAAUCUUGCAGACAAAUGCUAUGUAAUUUUUUUUUCUUUCCUCUAUGGAAGUUCGGUUUAUCUUUAAAAAACAUUUAUAUAUUCAUGUA